AUGCUGCUCAUUACUGCACUACCACUUUCGCUAAGACAGAUCGCUGCGACAAACAUACCCGCUGUCUCGAGCAUACUAUGGGAGGAGUUCCUAGACGACAACCGACCGCAAUGGUUCGAAGAGCUGCCAUACGACAUACAAUCCUACUUCAUACAAGAGUUCGGACCAGCGACGGCAGCACCACCUGCAAGCGAAGCAUUGCCCACCGACGUCACCGCAUCACCAACGGCAUUUCCCUCAGAGACUGCUUCAAAUGUGGACUCAUCGAUAUUUGAGUCACUAUCGACUAGCGCAGUGCCAUCCUCUGCGAUAUCAGCAUCCGAAAGUUUGAGCACGAUUUCCACGCCUGCGGCAUUUUCGAGCAGUGCCUCGAGCGAAAUCACCAGCGUGGUAUCUUCCUCUGGAUCUUCUUCCGAACUUUCGACCACACCCGCGACUUCAUCAUCAUCGUCGUCAUCAUCAUCGUCGUCAUCAUCAUCGUCGUCAUCAUCAUCGUCAUCAUUAUCAUCAUCUUCGGAAACUACCAUCUCAACAUCUGCAUCCUCCGCUGCAAGUUCAUCUGCAACUUUGAACCCAACGACAGAUCCUGUGGCACCCGCUUCUAGCGACGCUGGUUUGACAAGACGCGAAAAGAUCGGACUUGGUGUGGGUGUGCCACUGGCGGUACUCGCACUUGCCGCAUUACUACUCGCAUGCUGCUUUAUUUUGCGCCGAAAGAGAAGGAGAUCCAUCGAAGGCAGCCAACCUCCGUCAUCCCCGGGCUUCAUUCCCCGUUUCUCGUUUCAGGACCGAGGACUGGGCGGUGAAAAUUUCGAACACAGGCGGCCUUUGAAUCCCGCAUCACACCAGACGAGCCGUUUCGUUGAGGACAUGAACUGGGAGGAUGAUGGCUAUGAUCCGGCUCCCAUGUCUACAGCCUACCAUGGCCAUCAGAUCCCACCGGCUGCAGCACCUACACCGUCUCAGGCAAACAACAUUGCGACUGCAGGCAUUCCCCAUCCCAACGACGGUAAUUCAAUGCCAUCAGAGUCAACACCAAUGGCGAUGCAAGAUAAUCACACGCCUAUCCUAGCGCCCGCACUCUACCACAGCCACUCGUCGAAUCGUGCGCGCGGCCGACGAACAAGCUAUAAGAGCCUGCACUCAGUGGCCGAAGUGACCGAACCCGACGAAGAAUUGAACGGAGACUCUCCGGUGCUAGGUCGCAACAACUCACCACCAAAGACAGGCCCGCGGAGACCCAGUAUGUCCGCUCUAGACACGCUUCCCGUCCCCGCCGUGGCGAGCAUAAAACGCAAACCCGUUCCCACCAGUCCCAUCAGUAGCCCAGCAGCCGAAGCGUCACGAGGUCUCCUCCGCCCUUCUCUCGCAUACAACAGCGCCGACUACAGCGGAAGCAGUUCCUCUGGCCUUGCUGUCUCCAGCUUAUCCAGUAACUCCGGCCAUGGAUACCAAUCCGACGAUUCCGGACCCAUCUCUCCCAUCACCCACCAGCAACCGUCCUCAAAUCCUUUUGCAGGCGGAUACGCAUACCUUGAAGACUACGGCCCUGAGUACUCAAACAACGGGUAUACCGACCAGGACGAUGAGCUUUAUGGUGGACACAGAAGCUUCGAUCGAUACCCAGAUCCCAGUUCGUCUCUCAAGAAGAGCAGCAAGACUGAGUGGCCUUUGAGGAACGUCAUGGGUGGUGGGCAGAAGAGGACGAGAAGUCCCAUGUGGGAUCGCGUUUACGAACGCGUAUGA